AUGUAUGGAAUGGCCUACCACCAAGAGGCUCAGAGAAGAUUCCGAGUUAUCGAAAGAAAGCAUCUCGCUUUGGAAAAUCUCAAACGCCAAAAGCUUGCUAGAAUGGUAAGACCUUAAUUUCGAAUUCGAAUUUGCAGUCAUGAAUUUGUUUUUUUCAUGGCUCACCAUUUAUUGCAAAUAAGAGGUUUAUUCUUACGCUGAUACACAUAUAGUGACUUUUGCGUAAUCCGAGUCAGACUGAACCUUUACUGAUUACUUCAACUAUCGGUUACGGAAGAACUAAAAUGUUUGCUCAACACAUUGAAAAGUAAAACAAUAGCUAGAGAAAUGGAUUAUUACAUUUGUUUACUAAACUUUGGAAUGGAGCAGCAUUGCCGAAUUAUUGAAGAAAAGCAUAUUAGUUUAUGGUAUUAUAUGUAGCUUAGCACGCUCUUAGCUGCUCUUGGUUGUACCCAUUAAAGUAACAAUUUUGGAGCGACCCUUAAAACUUCUGCUCGUGAUAAACAUUUAGUCGGACAUGCAUAUCAGAGGGGGGCGUAAGGGUUUGCGGUAUUGCGGUAUUAGGUAAUUUUUGGUGCGGUGUUGCGGUAAUUUUUAUUUCAAAGUACGGUAUUGCGGUUUUCCUAGACCAAGCGGUGUGCGGUGAGUUUAAAUUUCAUGUCGCGGUACUCGGUGAAAAAAUCGUUGUGUCGCGGUGAUCUGCUUCUUUUUCAUGCGAAGAGGAUACAAGUCCUAAAAGGUCUCCCUAGCUAGCCUGCGUGACCUGCGUGUCUUCCUAUAGUUGCACAGUCGGGGAUCGUAUAUUGCGCAAACAGUCCAGACGAAUCGUAUGGCUUGUAAUUUCAGUUAAUACUUGAUAUGAUUAACGACAUUAACUUUUUUAUCCAAUGAUACGUAAACAUGUGGCAUUAUUUAUGACCUCAUGGACCUUGUGGGAGUAGUCAGCUUGGUUAACCUCCUUAGGAAUCUUACCACCACUUUCUUACCAGUCGCAAAACAAUGGCAAGCGAUCCAGAGGGUCAACUAAGUGAUCAGUCAGAUAUUCCAGCAAAUUGAGGUCAGUGAGGUCGUUAUAAAUUGCGUAGUGUCGAAAGAUAACCUAUGAAGAUGAUGUGGUCUAAGAUUUACUACUCGUCCUUCUCGUUGUGCAUGCAGAAAUAUAGAAUGUACAAGUAUUCGUGUGCGCUUAGCCUACGUAGCAUGGCAACCCGGGGGAGGGGGCGGGGUUACUUCCUUAUAAGAGGCUAAUGGGGAUGUGCCGCUGGAUGGGGUCGCAUUUUCACGAGUGGAUUGACUAAAAUGGGGUCGCAUUUUCAAGAGAGUUACUAGAAUGGGGUCGGGCAUUUUCUGAUUUUUGGGGGUAAGACAGUUCUUCAUAUUUACGGUUAGCAAACGUACCAGAAUGUUUGUACUGUAGAUGAAAAGUAAAGUGUUCUUCAUUCAAUCUAAAAAAUGGUCAAUUCAUAAAAAUAGAACGUGACUAAGCUAGCAUCGCGAAAAUUAAGUAUUUGUCCAAAAGUGACUAAGAUGGGGUCUAUAAUUGGCCACAGAAUAGACUAUAAUGGGGUAGGAGCUCUGAGAGGCCAGCGGCACAUACCCACCAAAAAUUAACCCAAGUAACCCCGUUGUGUUAUUUACAUAAACGUAUACAUGUAAUGAACAAAAUUAAACGAGUGCGACGAUCUUAUUUUUAUCGCACGCUUGACUUCGACGCACCAUGCUUGACUUGGAAACACUGACAUAAAAGUAUUAUUUCUAUUUGAAAGAAGGAUUUGUAGUAGUGACAACGUCAACUUUUUCCCAUUUGUAACUGCGGUUUCGGUAUUUGGCUAAAUUUUGAUGCGGUAUUCUCGCGCCACCAUGUGCGGUAUUGCGGUAUUCGUACCCCCCUUACGCCCCCCUCAUAUCACCUAUUCUAUUACAACAUUUCGUAACUAGGACAACGCCAUUCCACCUAACUAGUACUGGUUAUUUUUGCAUGCUUUCUUCCGCUAAACAUUUGAAGGUGCGGCCUGCACAGCACUCUGAUUAGGGCAAAAAUAAAUAAAUAAAUAAAUAAAUAAACCAUUUGCAUCUCACUCCCCCACCUAGCCUGAAUUUCAUCCUAUUACUUCGAGUCGCUAUUACUCCCUCAGUAACAACCUGUUCAGAGUUGUACUGCGUGCAGUUGAUAGUUUGAACGUUAAACAUGAAUUACGAUCGAAAAAAAUAAAGCAAUUCUGUAUCAUGCAGACAUUUCCAAACUAUAUUUCUCGGUUUGCCACUUGAAAAUCGUGCUUUACUUUUUGCGUGAAUUAAAGCAAAAGUCAAGGAGUAGUGACGUCACUGGACGGCAUGAACGGCCGGUCGAUUCAGACGUUACUGAGGGAGUAAUAACGACUCGAAGUAAUCGGAUGAAAUUCAGCGAAGCAGCACCACAGUUUCGUUAAAAAGUAACCCAUUCAUCAAUACGUGAGUAUACUGGCAAGUCAAGAUGAACAAGUAAAUGAGAAAGCAUUCCCUUGAAACUGGAUGAAAGAAGCAGAACUACACUGCACCGCCGUAGCCAGUAUGAGGCGAACCGAGGCACUCGCCUCGGUAAAAUUUUAUCAAAUACUGUCGAUGUUUAUUUUUUUUAUCAGACUGAUAAUAUUAGAAGAUUUCAUACGGCUGAUUUCGUACAACGGACCGUGUGUUCGCCUCGGUUGUCGUUUCUUCCUGGCUACGGCCCUGCACUGGGUGUAGCUGUGUGUCUGUAAAAAUAAAUAACCAUGACAUUAAAUAGAGCCCUUUGCUUAACCGAUAGCAUAGAUUCAAAUAACGGAUCAAUGUUAAAUUUUAAAGUACAUUUGUACCUCUUUUAGCGGCCACCCAGGGGAAAUAGAUACAUAGCCGUAGUAGGUUGGUUAAACAAGGGAGAAUGUCCCGACAAGAAAAGGAAAAGUGGCUGAACGUAAUGAAAUAGUCUCUCCACAGACUUUCUCCUCUGUCCGGUAGACCUCGAGCUAGUGAACGAAAAUAAAAACUGCAAAGGAGUUAUUGAGCGCCACCAAAAUCGAAGGGGUGAAAGCGCUAAAAAGAAAAAUGUUUAUGGAGGUUAGGAGGCCGUUUAUAGGGGUUCAAAUCAGGAGCUGAGAUUUUAAAGAUUUUUUACCGAGAGAUGAUUAGUUUACAGCAACUGUUGAGAUGAUCUUUGUUUUCAUUCCAGGAAAAAGACACAAGUAAGAGGGUAAACGAAAUGGAAAACAACGAGAAAACAGGAACAAGGGCAGGGACACGCGCGAACACUCGUUCGGAAACACGCAACAUGACGAGAAGUGGCCCGCGCGCGGCAAACGAGCGUGAAGCGUUCUGGGUUCCAGACAUCUGUAAUACCACUACUGGCAGCACGUACUACCGUGAACUCAUCCCACCAAGACCUGAGCCGCUACAUCAAUGGCGGGAUUUAAAGAACCGAAUCAGACAUGACUACAACCUUGUACCACUACCUUACAAGAACGAAGACAUCGUUCAAAGAUGA